UUUGCUUGUUAGCGGCGCCAUUGUCUCCGGAACCACACAGGAAAAAAAACACACGGAUCAUUUCAUUGAAGUAUGUCCCACUGAUGUGACUGGGUCCCCGUUGGUUUGUGAGCGCUACUGGAGCCCGGAGCUCUUCAAUAACCAAGUGCAAAAUGUCAAAUGCAGGUACCGCCUCACAAAAACAAGCCAAGAGCAGGGGCACACCUCCUCGUGGUUCCGUCUCCAACGGCCUCAAAGAAAUUCACAUUGAUGAAGAAGUUAAGAUAGCUGUGAGCCUUUCUCUGGAGAGGUUUCGCUACAGUGACCAGAGAGAGAUGGAAUUUCCCUCCUCCUUGUCCAGUACUGAGAGGGCUUUCAUUCAUCGGAUGGCACAGUCCCUGGGCUACAUCUCUAAGAGCAAAGGGAAAGGACCAAGUCGCUUCCUCACCAUCAGGAAGAAGGAUGGUUCAGACAAACCUCGGCCUACCAUGCCCCUCACACUCUCCCACAAUUCCUUAUAUUUCAUCCGCAGCCUGCUUCAGAGGUUUCCCAUCAGCAAUAAGGAACGCUCAGACAUGCAGCCCAACAAAAGUAGCAUGUCUGUGCCUGCAGAGCAUGACAGUAGUUGUGACAGGAACAGGGCAAGCGGGCGCUUAAACAAUGGCAUUCCCAUGGUGCCUCGGAGAAGGAAUCCAUCAGAACUGGACAACUUUCGACGCUCCCUGCCUGUUCAUGAACGCCAAGAGGAGAUCAUCCAGCUCAUCAGAGAAAACAGGGUGGUGCUGGUGGUGGGAGAAACUGGCUCCGGAAAAACUACACAGAUCCCACAGUUCCUGCUGGAUGAGUGCAGCAGGAAUGGAGAGCCCUGCAGGAUCUUCUGCACUCAGCCCAGACGCCUGGCUGCCAUUGCUGUGGCUGAGAGAGUGGCAGCAGAGAGAGGAGAAAGUGUGGGCCAGACUGUUGGCUAUCACAUCAGACUGGAGAGCAGGGUCUCUCCCAAGACACUGCUGACAUUUUGCACCAGUGGAGUGUUCCUCAGAACAUUGAUGGCUGGAGAUGCCAGCCUGACAACUGUCACACAUGUCAUUGUGGAUGAGGUGCAUGAGCGAGAUGGCUUGACAGACUUCCUGCUCACUAAGAUGCGAGAUGUGCUUCAGAAGAUCCCCACACUGAAACUGAUCCUGUCCAGUGCAGCUCUGGAUAUAGACCUGUUCCUUCAAUACUUUGGCUCCUGCCCUGUUAUCCACCUCAAAGGAAGACAGUUUGAAGUGCAGGAACUCUUUCUGGAGGACAUUCUACGGCUGACGGGCUUUAACAAUAAGGACAUGAAGAAAUACAAGGAAGAGACACAGAGAAAGGAGAAGAAGCAGAAACGUUUGACAGAGUGGUGUAAGGCAGUGGAGAACAGUUGUGUUGAGGAGACACAGAGAAACACUGUUUCUGUCCAAGGCCUCCUCCAGGACAGCAGCUCCCUGGACAGAGGAGACAGCGCUUUCAUCAAGCCAAAUGAGAAUGGCUCCGAACAGCUGGAGCCAUGGCUGCUGAAGGAGAUGGACUCCUGCAUUACCAACGUUUUCCUCAGUGAAGACCAGGAUGCUUUUAUUCAGCUCUUCAACCUCAUCCUCUAUGAAAAUGUUAAUGUGGACUACAUGCACAGUGAGACAGGGGCCACGGCUCUGAUGGUGGCAGCAGGUCGAGGAUUUCUCACACAGAUGGAGCAGCUGCUUAAUAUGGGGGCCGACAUCAACAUGAAGGCUUCUAAUGGAUGGACAGCCUUAGACUUUGCCAAACAUUUCCAGCAGACAGAAGCCAUGGAUCUACUCAAAUCCUCCAUUCCUUUGAGAGAGGUGAGCAGCCUGGAUGAAUUCGCUCUGGUGAAGUCCAGCAAUGCAGAGCUGAGCACUGAAGAGCAGGAGCUGCUCGCACUGUACCACCACAGCUUUGAUGAUGAGUUUGUGGACCUGAACCUCAUCAUGGAUCUGCUGCACAACAUCUGCUCCACCACCUGUGACGGUGCUGUCCUGAUUUUUCUUCCUGGGUACGAUGAGAUAGUGUCACUCAGGGACCGCAUCCUGUACGACGAUAAGAGAUUCUCCACCCAAUCUGACAGGUUCCAGGUGUUCACUCUACAUUCAGACAUGCAGACUCUGGAUCAGAAGAAAGCCAUGAAGACCUCUCCACUUGGUAUCAGGAAGAUUAUUCUUUCUACUAACAUUGCUGAGACGAGCAUCACCAUCAAUGAUGUGGUCUUUGUCAUUGAUUCAGGAAAGGUCAAAGAGAAGUCCUUUGAUACCCUCAGUCAUGUAUCCAUGUUAAAGACGGUUUGGAUUUCAAAAGCCAGCGCUCUGCAAAGGAAGGGAAGAGCUGGACGCUGCAGACCAGGGAUUUGCUUCCACCUCUUCAGUCGACUCAGGUUUAGCAACAUGUUGGAAUUCCAGGUUCCACAGCUGCUACGGAUGCCACUACAGGAACUGUGUCUGCAAACCAAACUGCUAGCUCCCUCCUCCUGUCCAGUGGCUGAGUUCUUGUCCAAAGCUCCACAGCCUCCUCCUGCACAUGCUAUCAGGAAUGCUGUGCACAUGCUUAAGACAAUAGAUGCUAUGGAUCAGUAUGAAGACCUGACUGAUUUGGGCUACCACCUGGCUGAUCUACCUGUGGAGCCCCACCUGGGCAAGAUGGUGCUGUGUGCCGUGGUGCUCAAGUGCCUGGACCCCAUUCUAACCAUUGCCUGUACACUGGCCUAUCGUGAUCCCUUUAUCCUUCCCGCCCAGGGCUCUCAGAAAAGAGCUGCUCUACACUGCCGCAAACGUUUCACAUCCAACACCUUCAGUGACCACAUGGCCCUGCUGAGAGCCUUCCAGGCAUGGCAGAAGGCCCGCAGUGAUGGUUGGGAAAGAUCCUUUUGUGAGAAGAACUUCCUGUCCCAGGCCACCAUGGACAUGAUACUGGGCAUGAGGACACAGCUGCUGGGACAGCUUCGUGCUAUUGGUUUUGUGCGGGCCCGUGGAGGCAGUGACAUCCGCGAUGUGAAUCUGAACUCUGAGAACUGGGCCGUGGUGAAGGCAGCCCUGGUGGCUGGCAUGUAUCCAAAUCUGGUCCAUGUCAACCAGGAGACCUCGCUGCUUUCUAGCAACAGGGAGAAGAAGGUCCACUUUCAUCCCACUUCUGUCCUGAGCCAGUCUCAGUUAAAGGAGAACAACCCAGCCAAAUCAGCCCAGUCCCUUCCCACAGACUGGUUGAUCUACGAUGAGAUGAGCCGAGGCCACAGAAUGGCCAGUGUCCGCUGCUGCUCCAUGGUUACUCCCAUCACUGUGGCCAUAUUUGGAGGUUGUGCCAGGCUGUCCACCUCUGCCCUGCAGGAACCUAUUCUACAGAAAGAAACUGACAGUCCACUGGAUGAUAUCAGUGACAGUGAGACAGAGGAACUAGCUGAGAUGAGAAUAGAUGACUGGCUCGUCUUCCAGUUGGACAGAGAGGUUGCAGGACAGGUGUUUGAACUGAGGCAGAAGUGGCAAAAUUUGUUCAUCAAGAGGAUCCGUUGUCCCUCAAAGCCCUGGUCUCAACAGGACGAGGCCAUCAUCCGGACUCUGGUUUCUGUGGUAACAGCAGAGGAGCAGGGAGUAGGCCUGCAGCAGCCCUCAGGGAUUGGCCAGCGGCCCCGGCCCAUGCCAUCAGAAGAGGGUUCCCAGGCUUCUGUGAAGACCUCCAAGAGCAGCCCCCAGCUACCCACCAGCACCACCCCUGACAAGUCCUGUAGGAUGCCAGCAGCCUCAGGCCUGCUUCAGAUGAAAGCCCACAGCAGAGAUGAGGCCUCACUAACCACAUGUCAGCUCUCUGAUGACCCUCAAUCCUCUGGUAAUUCUUCCUGCUCUGUGACCUUGUUCAGUCCCUCUGACAGCACCUGUCCCUCCUCCUCAGCAAAGCAGGUUUCAAAGUCAGUGCCCCCUCAGCUGGCCUUUUCAUCAGUCCGGUACUUCAUUAUGAAGAGCAGCAACGUCAGGAACAUAGAGAUUUCUCAGCAGAAAGGUAUCUGGUCGACCACACCAAGCAAUGAGACCAAACUCACCAAGGCCUUCCUGGAGAAUAACCUCAUCAUCCUUGUCUUCUCUGUUCAGGGCUCUGGACACUUCCAGGGUUAUGCUCGCAUGACAUCAGUCAUCAGUCAGGAGAGCUGCCAGGACUGGGGAUUCAUGGGACUGGGAGGGGUUUUCAGUGUGGAGUGGAUCCACAAGGAGAGUCUUCCCUUCCAGAUGACCCAACACAUCCUCAAUCCAUGGAACGACAACAAGAAGGUCCAGAUCAGCAGGGACGGACAGGAAUUAGAGCCCCAGGCAGGAAGCCAGCUACUUUUACUGUGGGGGAGAAACUCUGGGAAUCAGGUUCAUCUGUUUAACAGUCCAACACACUACACUGCACUACCAGUGAUGGCAGGACAAUCAGACCGGUUCAUCUGAAUGCAAAAGUUCAAGUCUCAUCUUCUCCUGUUUACUCUCACCUUAUGUAAGUCUGUUCAAAGGAGGAAGUUCAUAUUCAUUUUGUAUUCCUUGUGUUCAGAAUGGCACUCGUGUUCUUAAGCACUAUGUUAUCCAGAAAAAUGUUUAUGGCUCUGUGGACGUUCUCAACAGGAUUAAAACAAA